CUGAGUUUACUAAGCCUGACGGGAUUGACAGUAACAAAUGCACACGUCAAUCAAUGUCUCAUCGUUACACUCCCGGGUACAGAUUGUCUUUUGUUUCUUUUUCGCAAUCCUCUGAAUGUGGUCUUGGAUCAAUUUAUCUAUGGCUUUGAAGAAGAAUAUUUUGAAACACGCCACUAGUGGAUCACUUGUUCAUAUACGUUUUCAGGUUUACUAUUCAAUAUAAAAUAGUGUGCGUAACAUAAUUGCGAUUUUUCAAUAAGUUUCUUGAUAUUGUAAACGAAUAAUAAACAAACAUAAGCAACAUGCCACACUGCCUGAUUAAAUCGAUGACAAGAUAUCAGAAAACAAGUAAUUUUCAUGACGAGAAUGAACUUUCCGUAUCAUGGUUGCCGACGGUAUCUGAUACCAGACGAAAAAAUCAGAGCAAAGAAGUGUCUACAAAGUCUGUAAGCAAUAUGUGGACUUGUCCGAAACUUUCAAUCGUAACUCGAUACAGCUUUAAAAAAGACAACAGCAUGUUGUGGAACACAUCAAUUCCGGAAGAACUAGGCCUGCAGUUAACAGAUUCCUGCCAAUCAGCCGACGUAUUUUCAACGUCAGCAGCCGUUGCAGGCGCACCGACGAUAACGAAUUACGCGUGUGACUUAAACGCAAGAAAGAAUCUAUUCGACGCCGACAAAGAGCUGAUCGAAAGAUGCGAAAAUGUAAAAAUCAACGACGCACGAAUGAACGUUGAGGGCGGGAAAUGCGGUAAAAAUGAUAACCAACCGUCGGACGAAAAGUCCGUCGACGCCGAGUCGGCAGAUUUAUCUCCCACAAUGCGAUUGCCGGCUAGUAACACUUUGAUCAAAGCGAUAAAAUUUUAUGAAGAAGAGAGGGCGCCGUACUCGGAAGUCGGAAACACGGAAACUUGGAAACGCAUCAAAGCCUUACACUACUGCCCGUAUUGCCGAAAGAGCUUUGAUCGACCUUGGGUACUGAAAGGUCAUCUUCGACUUCACACCGGUGAAAGGCCGUUCGAGUGUCCGGUUUGCCAAAAGUCAUUUGCCGAUCGAUCGAACUUGAGGGCUCAUCAACGGACCCGAAAUCACCAUCAAUGGCAAUGGCGGUGUGGAGUAUGCUUCAAGGCAUUCUCGCAAAGGCGAUAUUUAGAACGUCAUUGCCCAGAAGCGUGUCGGAAGUAUCGAAUUUCCCAGAGAAGAGAAAAUAGUCUGACUUGAUCGUUUUAGUAAUAGCUAACGUUAUAUCAAAUUGAAUGUUAUUACACGAGUAAGCUAUAAACUUGUUAUAAAUAUUCCAUACGUUCAUCCUUUAUUACAGACCUAUAAAUAAAAGACAAAAGAAGCAAAGAAUAAAGAAAAAA